AUGCCGUGCUCGGCCGGAUACUACUUGCGCGACAGAAACCGUUCGCGCACGGCACGAACAGGAAGAAAGGCCGCGAUCGGCCGAAAUGUAUCGGAACGGACCGACCGUGCCGGUCGAUCCGGGAAACAAACGAUCGGCCUCGGCCGAAAUUCUCUCGGCGAUUUGGCCGACCAAAUCGCUCGACCGCGACAAAUCCAUCGGCCAUCGGCCCAAACUUUUCUCGGCCAAGGUACACCAAUGGCAAAGACAAAAGGAAAUGAGAGUAUGAAGAAGAAGAAGAACCCAUUCAUGGAACCACCAAAGAAACAAAUCAAGCUAGGGAGUAGUAGCUCCAAUGCAAGAGCAGCAAUACCAACUUCACCACAUUCCAUUGAUGCAAUCAAGAACAUGUGGAGAGUCCAAGAAGAGAAGAUGAUUGGGCACUUGUAA